GAAUCUGAGUAUGGACUCCGCUGCUUUGUAGUUGGAGAAACUGCUUGCAUCAGAGUAUCUGCAUUUCUUAGAGUUAAAACCAGACCUAAGAACUAGAAACAACUAAUUUGUGUCCGCCAGUGUUACUUUUUCUCCCAUUCACAAGUCCAAGAACAAAGGAAAAUGUCUGAAAAAGAUCAAAAUAAUUUUGAUCAGAGUACACUUGAUACACAACACGCAGGUAGCAGGUAUGAAACCAUCACUAUUCCAGCAGCCUCGGUAGACCUUCCUGAAUCAGAUCAAACUGAAGUAAAUGACUCUGAAAAGCAGCCAUCCUUUGGCGGACAUGGAAAGUAUGCUGAGCAUGUGCAUGGCCACAGCUUUUCGAGUCUGGCUGGAAGACAGUUAAUAGAAGAUUCUGUGUCAGACACACGUGAUUUAGAGUCCUUGAUACCUGAAAAUAUGCCGAAGACUGAAUCUGUUAAUACAGUGCAGUCAAUUGCACCACAUUUAGAUGUAUCUUCAACAAUUCUGGAUAGGAUAAAGGCUGUAAAAGAAUCUCUGAAAACAUCAACCAUAGAGAGUUUUGCAACAGUAAAAUUUGUAUUUAUUCCUGUGGGCCAGGAAAUUAUAAUGCCUUUUAAACUUGAUACCGCUAUAAAAAGCAUCAAGGAUCAUUUUUCAAGCUUGUUAAAUAUUCCACCUUAUGUUCUCCAGAUAAAUUGUAGAGGAAUGAUUCUUAAAGAUAAUGAGUCUCUUCUGCAACUUGGAGUUAAGCCAGAGGAUGUUGUACAAAUGGAAAUCUUUUCUACAGAUCCAGAUUUCUUUCCAAUCAAAACAAUAUAUCAACUAAAUGAAAGACCUUACUACAUAACUGUCAAAGUACAGACUGACAUUAGUCAUUACCAGGAAGUACCUGUUGAGAUUACAAAGUCUGACUUUCACAAACCAUUUCUUGGUGGCUUCAGACAUAAAAUCACAGGAAAAGAAUAUCACCAUGCUGGAACACAAACUCUACCUAAAAAGCUUAUUGCAAAACAAAAUGUAUUUAGUAGGGAUACCCAGACAGUUUUUGAAAGAAAAAAACUCCAACAAACUACAAAUACAACAUCCACACAGAUGACUAAAAUUGGUGUUUAUGUAUCAAAUGUAACUGACAAAUUGAUAACACCAGGAAAAUAUUUAUCAGCUGAGGAGUACCAUGCUCAAAGAUUAAAGGCGGUAAUAGUAUUACAAACAUACUAUAGACAAUGGCAUGCUAGGCUAUUGGUAGAAGAUUUAAAAAGACAAAAGAGAGAAAGACUGAAGUGGGAAGAAGAGGAAGAAGAAAAGAAGUUAAGAGAAAAAGAAAAAAUGAUGCAAUUGGACUAUUACCGUAGGCAUAAUCCUCAGUCACAAGAAGAUUUUGAGCUUCUUUAUAAUGCAUUAGAAUUCUGGCAUCAAGAAGAAGUUUCACGUAUUAAUGAAUGUCUCACUGGAGCUGAAAAGAAAGCUUCUUUGUGUGAAGUUCUGGAAAAAGAGACCCAGAUAAUUGCUUCCAUUGGGAGACACAGAGACAUCGCUUAUGAGUGGAGGAAAGAAGAAAAAAUACAUACUUUCUUGGAUAAGUGUUCAGCUCCAACUUCAUGGAGAACAUCCAAUGGCAAAAUGAUUGAGAUGGAUACACAGUUCACCAUUAGAGCCAGUGAGCUGAAAAGCAUCUACAAAUGCAUUUUACUGAAAAAUAUCUCUCAAGAUGAGAGACUGGAUGUACUCUUAACACUCAAACAUACAGUGAAGGAACAUGAAUGUAAAUUGACUCAGGAAAUUCUAGAAUUGAUCGAUAGAGAAGUUGACCUUAUGAUGAGAGGAGUCAGAAACCAAAACCUUGAAGGACUCAGAAAGAGAAUUGCAACACUCUUUUUGCAAUACAUCAAAACACCUCUGUUUAAUCCUGAAGUUGCAAGAUACCUUAAGGUCCCUCAGGAUCCACUGAAGUUUUAUAAGAAUAUUUACUUUUGCCACAGUUGCCAGCUCUAUUUGCCUUCUACAGAAUUUGCCGUAUCUUCUACCUCCCAGCGCUUAUUUCGGUGCCGUAAUUGCACUAACCUUGACAAUGAGACUCGGCAACGAGAAUCAUUUUUGAAAUACAAAUCUUUACUUAAGCGACUCUAUGUUUCAGAAGCUAAUUAUGAUGAUGAUUCUAGAAUUGCUUUCCUGAUGCAGCUACAGGACAUUCAGUAUCUGACAGAGAACAUUUGGUCAUCCCAGUCAGUACUCAGUGCCUGGAAAGACAUUAACGAUCUGGUGAUGGUCAGGUGGAACAAGAACUUGGAGUGGUCUCCCUGGAACUGCAUCCUGCUUACCAGAGAGGAAGCUCAGGCUCAUCUCAAGCUAGAAAAUGUUGAAAAGGAAUACCACCCUUCGUUUAUUCACAAGAUCAGACACAAACAUAUUCUAGCUAAGAACUAUUUUUCUCAGAUUCCAGUGCUGGCUUCAUUUCUACUUGGUGAUAGUGAAGUAGAGAAAAUCAGAAGGAAAUAUUAUACAGAAAUACCUAAAAUUAUAGAAAUCUUAGAACCUGGUCCUGAGGAAGAGUAGGAGCAUUUUAUCAGCAAUUUUGUCUGCUAUUAGAGUAAUGUAGAAGUCAUAAAAUAUGGAAAUACAAUUUUAUCCUUUAAA